AUGGCUGGGUUUAUGGUAGCUGUUGACAUGGCUGCUGGGGCUGGUGCUAGGGCAACUGCUGUUGUGCCAGCAGUGGCUGUUGUAGCACCUGAGGUGGUGGAUGUGGGGGCUGAUGCACCUAAGAUAGUUUUUGAUGGUGAGGCUGUGAGCCCUACUCAAAUGUACAACCACUUGAGGAAGUGGAGGCAAAAGUGGGCUAGGGUUGUGAAGUUGAAGGACCUUAGUGGUGCACUGUUUGAUCAUGAUGUCAAUGCCAUAAUGCUUGAACCUGAGUACUACAUAGGCCACUACAAGGACCAUCCUAAGGAUGCUAAAUUCUUGAACACCCCAAUUAGGUUCUACACUGAGAUGGAGACCAUAUUUGGUUCUUCCAUGGCCACUGGUAGGUUUGCCCUAGGUUCCAGUGAGCCACUUGGGGUGAACAAUGUUGACAGUGUUGCUGCUAAGAUUGAGGGUCAGGGCUUCACCACUGCUGUUGAUGUCAAAUGCAGCCCUGAGAUGGGUGAGGGCAGCAAGGCAACUGAGCUGCUCACUUCCACUAUGGGAGUAAAGAGAAAGAGGGCCUCUGCACUUAGAGAGACUAGGUCUGCACAUGUGGAUCCUGACCUCUAUCUUGCAGUGAUGGAGAUGCUUGGCUUCACCAUUGAAGCUCUCAUUGUUACCUACACCUACCUGCUGGAAAAUAAGGCCCUUGGCAGGGGCUUUGUGAACAUGUUAAUCAGCCAUAGGGACAUUUGGCUGAGGAACUACCUUGCCAAGAACUACUAUAUGUAG